CUCUCCGGGAUCCGGUCCAUGUGAUUGAUCUCUUCUCGGUUUUCAGGCUCUGAGCUGCAGUCACAUCGUCGUGGAGGGGGACAAAGAGGAGAGCAUGGCCCAGGCCUCGCAGGAGCAGGGGGCGCCGGGGGCGCAGGGGGCGCCGGGGACGGCCGAUCCCGAGGAGGACUCGCCCAACAUGAUCGUCUACAGGAAGAUUGAGGACAUAAUCACCCGAAUCCAGGAUGAAACCGACGGCGUGCCAAUCAGAACUGUCAAGAGCUUCAUGUCAAAGAUUCCCAGCGUGGUCACAGGCUCGGACAUCGUUCAGUGGCUGAUGAAGAAUCUCUCCAUCGAGGAUCCCGCGGAGGCCUUGCACAUCGGGAGCCUGAUCGCUGCUCAGGGCUACAUCUUCCCCAUCUCAGACCAUGUGCUCAACCUGAAGGAUGACGGCACCUUCUACCGCUUUCAGGCUCCGUACUUUUGGCCGUCGAAUUGCUGGGAGCCGGAAAACACAGAUUACGCCAUUUAUCUGUGUAAGAGGACGAUGCAGAACAAAACUCGACUGGAGCUAGCAGACUAUGAAGCUGAGAACCUGGCGAGGUUGCAGCGAGCGUUCUCCAGGAAGUGGGAGUUCAUCUUCAUGCAGGCUGAGGCUCAGGUUAAGAUUGACCGGAAGAAGGAUAAGACGGAGAGGAAGAUCCUGGACAGUCAGGAGCGAGCGUUCUGGGACGUACACAGGCCAGUGCCAGGCUGUGUCAAUACCACGGAAAUGGACAUCAGGAAGUGUCGCCGCAUGAAAAACCCACAACGAGUCAAGAAGUCAGUGUAUGGUGUGGCAGAAGACACACAGACACAGAGUCCUGUACACACACAUUUGCAGCAAAGCAGGAAGGACACUAAGGAGGACGUCGAGAAGGAGAUUUUAUUCCUGAACACUCAGCUGGACAGACACUGUAUGAAAAUGUCCAAAGUGGCAGAAACGCUGAUGAGCUACACUGAGCAGUACCUGGAGUACGACCCGUUCGUGUCUCCCCUGGAGCCCUCCAACCCCUGGAUCAGCGAUGACACCACUUUCUGGGACAUGGAGGCCAGCAAAGACCCAAGCCAGCAGAGGGUUCGGAAAUGGGGCUUUUCUUUGGAUGAGGCUCUGAAGGAUCCAGUCGGCCGUGACCAGUUCCUCAAGUUCCUGGAGUCCGAGUUCAGUUCAGAGAACCUGAGAUUCUGGUUGGCGGUGCAGGAUUUGAAGCGGCACCCCCUGCAGGAUGUUCCCGCUCGGGCUCAGGAGAUCUGGCAGGAGUUUCUGGCUGAAGGAGCCCCGAGCUCCAUAAACCUGGACUCGCACAGUUAUGAGAGAACCAGCCAGAAUCUCAAAGACCCCGGACGCUACAGCUUCGAGGACGCACAGGAUCACAUCUACAAGCUGAUGAAGAGCGACAGCUACACCCGGUUCUUACGAUCCAGCGCUUACCAGGACCUCCUGCUCGCCAGAAAGAAGCCUGAAAGUGAGCAGGGCCGGCGCACGUCUCUGGAGAAAUUCACCCGCAGCGUGGUGAGUGAGCCCGAGCGCUGAUGAUUCAAGCUGCAGUCUGUAAAACUCCACACACAUAUAAACGCAUGAAGAGACUCUUCCGCACAGCGACAGUAAACAAGAGGGAAGCGCAUCGUAGCGAUCUUCUAUUCUAACGUCAUCUGACGCGGUCUGCGCUCGGCAUUCUCCCUGUGUCCGCCGAGAUUAAAGUAUUGGCACCCUUGGGUUCGUUUACCCUUAUGAGAACAAUCUCCCUGUGAAGAUAAUAAGCAACAGAGACGGAAAAAAAAAAACAUUUAAAAUGAAAACAAACUGCC